AACGAAUACUUCGGCGAUAAUUUGUGACCCCUGGUCGGGAACACGGGAUACGGCCAUUCAUCGCUCAGUCAGUGUAGCUCCGUCACCGAUAUGUGGUUACAUAAACUUGUGUUCCUCUCCAUAUUCCUUGCGGUUUCUGCUCAAGAUGACACAGAAGAGGACACGAGUGAUACCGUGAAGCUAGCUGAAGGAGAGCAGAAGCUCAGUGAGAACAUUCUAGCAAUGAUCGAGCACUUCAAGCAGCCAGACCCGGUCGGUCUACCGGGAGCCGAGAUCCCUGACCCCUACCCCGUGCCCGACAUGAAACAAUCCCUCUCGUUCGGAACCCUCAACUUUAAGAACACAGCUGUACACGGCAUCAGCAAGUUCCGCAUCUUGUAUGUGGACGCCGAAAUUGGAGCAAUGGAGGUCCACGCAGGAAUGACUAUAGAUGUUUUACAAGCUCGCGGAAACUAUACUCUGUCAACCUGGUUGAACAGAGCACAAGGACCUUUCACAGUUAAUGUCACUGGCCUGAAGGUCACUGCGAAAGCCAACCUUGGCGUAGAACGAGAUGGAAAACUUCGUGCUCAAGACAUCGUCAUAGACCUAGGCUUUAACACAAUCUCCGUUAACUUUGAAAACUUGGGAUUCUUCGGUGGAAUGUUUCAAGGAAUUAUCAAUACAAUUGGCAAUUUCCUCUUUGACUCAAUCAAACCUUUCGUACUAAAAGAAGCCUACACUAAGGUCAGAGCUGAAAUUAACUCCAAACUUGAUGAAGUCGCUGGUGACAUGCAAUUCCCUAACUCUAUUUCCCCACUUGACAUGGUGAUCAUUGAUGUCCGAAAGAAAGUCCGUGACAUGCAACUGGAUCCUUACCGAAUCAAAGACUACAAUGCCACUGUAAGCGUAUUCACUGUCUCCUUAGCAAAUACUUGGCUUACUGGAAUAUCAUCUUUCCAAAGAGUUGGCAACAUAACUUUGAAAAUGGAAAAUAAUACAGCUGUUGCAGACUUCGAAAUUGGAACACAAAAACUUGAAGGAGCAACUCAGUGGGACAUAUCAGCAGUAGGUGGAUUGGUGUCAAGAGCUGGAACUGCAUCAUUUUCAGUGGAAUAUAUCAGUGCUAGAGUAAUUUUAGCACAACCACUGGACACCAGAAAAAAGCCAAUAUUUAGGGACAUAGAUCUCGAGAUCGGUAACAUUCAAGUUCGGUGCAAUGGCGCCGGUACUAUUGAUUAUGUCCUUGAAUUCACAGUAAAUGUUUUACCAAAUCUGCUGAGGUACCAGAUUAUGGACGCUUUAGAAGGUCCUCUAAGAGAACGGGUACAACAAGAGCUAGAUAAGCUCAACGUCGAGGAGAUAAUUAAGCAAGAACUGCCAAAACUAGAUGAAAUGCAGGGAACAGGGUUCAAGUUAUCAGAUCUCAAGGAGUCGGUGUCAAAUAAGAAGCCAUAUGAUGAAGAUGAAUUCUUUAACUUCUAAUAUCCCAAAGACUUCGUAUUUGAAUUUGCUAUUCUACUUAUUUAUUGAAUAAAUUAGUUAAUACGUC